CUGCACUAUGGGACCCUCAUGGGCAGCAGAGCCUGUGUCAAAAUGGCAGCAGCUGCCUGGGCCAGUGGUUUUCUCAAUGCUCUCCUGCACACUGCCAACACAUUUUCAAUACCACUCUGCCAAGGCAACACAGUGGACCAGUUCUUCUGUGAAAUCCCCCAGAUCCUCAAGCUCUCCUGCUCAGACUCCUACCUCACAGAAGCGGGCCUUCUUCUGGUUGGUACCUUUUUAAUGUUUGGAUGUUUCAUUUUCAUUGUGGUGUCCUACGUGCAGAUCUUCACUGCUGUGCUGAGGAUCCCCUCUGAGCAGGGCCGCCACAAAGCCUUUUCCAUGUGCCUCCCACACCUGGCCGUGGUCUCCCUGUUUGUCAGCACUACAGCAUUUGCCUACCUGAAGCCCCCCUCCCUCUCCUCCCCAUCUCUGGAUCUGGUGGUGGCUGUUCUGUACUCGGUGGUGCCUCCAAUGUUGAGUAACCUUGGUGUUCUGUCUGAGAAAGCUGUCGAGUUGAUGGAAGGUUACUCCAAGUGGUACUGA